CGAACUCUGCGCAUUUCGCAUCUUGUUUGCACUGUUGGAUGUAUGACCACCCUUCCAGAGCGACUACUCGCACGCGUCACGAGCUCGAUGAGCGCGCUGGGUGGCACAGCCAAGCUCGUGACGGCGCAGGAAGGGUUUCGACUCAUCGAGCAAGGCGUCCUCGCCGAGCGGCAGCAGCACUACAAGGAAGCCGUUGACCGCUUUCUCGGUGCUGCCGGCGUACUCGAUGCGGUGGCGGCAACCGAAGCCGACUUGCACGUGCGACGGCUGCUGCACGCCAAAGCGAGUGAUGUUGUCGCCUGGACAGAAGGGAUUGUUGCGUGGAUGCAGCAUCGCCCCGAGGUGCGGCCCGCGUACCCCCCGCGGCAGUCCAAAGGCAUUUCGAUGCCGACGACGACGGUGUCUGCUGCAACAUUAGCCUUCGGAAUGGACGAAGUGGAGCGGACGAGCCUGCACUACACGCCCGUGCUCACGCGGUCGCCGUCCGAGUUCUCUCGCGACGGGUACGAGCUGCAGGUCCUCCGCCGCCACCGUCGCCCGCGCAUGCUCAUCGUCAUCACCAUGUACAACGAGGACGGGUCCGAGAUCGAGGCAACGCUGCGCAAGGUCGGCAACAACGUCGCGUACUUGUGCCGACAUGAUCUGCCUGGCUACGAAGGCGAGCUCGCGUGGCAAAACGUGCUUGUCGUAAUCGUCAGCGACGGCCGCGCCAAAGCCUCUGCGAGUACGCUCAUCACGCUGCGUGAAAUGGGUGUUUACGACGAGGACACGCUGCGCAUCACGUCGGCGGGCUUGGCGACGUCCAUGCACCUCUUUGAGAGAACACUGCUGCUGCCCGAGGCGCCUGGCGCCAAGAAACUCUGGACGCACACGAGUGAGACGAUGCCGCCGCUGCAAGUCGUCUUUGCGCUAAAAGAGGAAAACGCCGGCAAGCUGCACUCGCACCUUUGGUUCUUCCAUGGCUUUUGCAACCAAGUCGACCCGACGUAUACGGUGCUCUUGGACGUCGGGACGCUCCCGACCAAGUCGGCGCUGUACAAACUGGUGAGCGCGAUGGAAGUCAACCAGCAAGUCGGUGGCGUCUGUGGUGAAAUCGCCGUGUCCCAGCCACUGCCACACCUCACGAGCCUCAUCAUUUCGACGCAGCACUACGAGUACAAGAUUAGCAAUGUGCUCGACAAGGCGACCGAGUCAUGCUUUGGCUUCAUCUCGGUCCUCCCCGGUGCCUUCUCGGCCUACCGCUUCAAGGCGAUCCAAGGCGCGCCGCUCGAUGCAUACUUUAAGAGCCUCACGACCGACAUGCUGGCGCUCGGGCCAUUCCAGGGCAACAUGUACCUCGCCGAAGACCGCAUCUUGUGCUUUGAGCUCCUCGCGCGGAAGAAUUGCAGCUGGACCAUGAUGUACGUCAAGGACGCGAUUGCGCGUACGGAUGUGCCAACAACGCUCGUGGACCUCAUGGCGCAGCGCCGGCGCUGGCUCAACGGGUCAUUCUUUGCGAUGCUGUACACGAUCUUCAAUUGGGGGCGUGUCUACUCGGAGGCCCGCCACAGCCUGUGUCGGGGUCUCGCACUCUUGGUGCAGUAUACGUUUAUGACGGUUCAAGUCGUCUUCAACUGGUUUCUCGUGGCCAACUUUUACCUUACCGUGUAUUACGUCAUAUUUUAUGCCCUCGAACGCAACGCGCUGGGGGUCCUCGACACGCGCGCCUUUUACGCGUCGCACGGCGCGUUGGCCAAAGGACUUUUCAAUGUCGUGUACGGUCUUGUGUUUGUGGUCCAGAUCAUCCUCGGCAUGGGCAACCGACCGAAACAUGUCGCACGCACGUACCGUGCGAUUGGCGCCUACUACAUGCUGCUCGUGGUGCUGACGACGGCCGCGUCGGUCUUGACGCUGGUCCACACGGGCGCUGCGGCCCUGGCGCCCAAGGAGAUUGCACUUGGUAUCGCUGUCUUUGGCGUCUACUUUAUUGCGGCCGCGUGCCACUGCGAGCUACAUCACAUCGUGCUCUCGUUCGUGCAGUACUCGCUGCUCCUGCCCGUCAUGAUUAAUACGCUCACGAUCUAUCGUUUUGCAAUUUGCAAGACUUGAGCUGGGGCACCAAAGGCAUUGAUACGAGCAGCCACGACACUGGCGCUAGCGAGAACGGCGAGUACAAGGACGUCGUGGCUCGUCAAAAAGCUGCCGAAGACCGCGCGAAACAAGCUGCUGCAACGACCGAUCUGGUGCGCCGGCGCUUCGACUCGUUCCGCUCGAAUUUGCUCUUGCUCUGGCUCGUCUCGAAUGCAGCACUCGUCGGCGGCUUACUCUACGGGGCGCUCUUGGAUGUGUACCUUCCGUGUUUGUUUGUUGCCAUCGGCGCCUUCAACACGUACCGCCUCCUCGGCUCGCUCCUCUUUCUGCUCUACACGGGUCGGCAGUGGCUGCUCCUCCAGCUGUGUCUCUGCUGUGGCUGUCUCCGGCGCCGCUAUGAUAGGGAGCGCCGCCGCGGCUCCGACGACCGCACGAUGGCCAUUCUGUCGCCGCGCGAUCCGCUGGCCACGAUCUAGAUCGUAAAACGGUGCAUAUUAUUGUCUAUCGAUACAAAAUUCUAAACACAUGAAAGAGUGUCAUCAUCAACGA